AUGUGGGCUCUACAGAACCAUAUCCAGCGCUUUGCUGAUGAGAUGGAAACAGAAAAAGUCUGUCAGCUAGAAAACUGUGAGACAAGGAAAGAGAGAGAAAAGCUGAGACCAUCAACCAAGUCAGAACACAGAUGUGUCGUCCACACUCAGGGCUGCAAGAACAAACAACUGCUGGAGAUAUCUUUAAAGAAAGUGUCUGUUAUACUUAAUAGGACGACGGUUGGCUACAAGCACACCUGGAUGCUCGGGAAGCGUUACAGUAUGAACGUGAGCUACAAGAUAUUUUGUGGAUGGGAUUUCACGAUCCAGAACCCUGAGGCUGCCGCUCUCAAACGCAGCUUCAUAAAAAACGAUCUCAAGCUGUUUCUGGAGGAGCAGAGUUUCUCCCGGCGCGAGGCUCAGAGGACACUUGGACAGCGUGUGCGUCUCUACCUGCUCAGGUUCUUCCUCAACCUACUCGUGCUGGCUCUGCUGGGCGGAGCCUUCUACCUCAUCUACUUCGCCACCAAAACAUCGCAGGACGCGAUUGGACACCACUGGUUGGUCAGUCUGGUUCUCGAGUACCUCCCUCCCAUAACCAUCAGCUUCGUCAACCUGCUCCUCCCUCACAUCUUCCGCAAGAUCUCAUCUUUUGAAGACUACUCUUUCACCAUGCAGGUCAAUGCCACGCUUGUGAGGAGCAUCUUUUUAAAGCUGGCUUCACUUGGGAUCUACUUAUUUUUCAUCUUCAAAACAACCAAAAAGCCACAUGCGGUUCAAUGCUUGGAGAACUUGUUUGGUCGAGAGAUGUACAAGCUGUGUAUCUUCAACUUCCUCACUGCUUUUUGCAAAGCUUUCUUCUUGAACUACCCCAGGAAGCUGCUGCAUGAGAAGUAUCCCUCAUCCUUUCUGGCCCGAUUGUGGGGAAAACAGCUCUUCCUGGUCCCUUUCAAUGUGUUGGAUCUGGUGUACAGUCAGACUGCAUCCUGGGUUGGAGUCUUCUACUGCCCUCUUCUGCCGCUGAUAGAAGCCGUCACACUGAUGGCCACUUUCUACAUCCAAAAGUUCUCGGUCCUGCGGUGCUGCGUGGCAGAGCAGAGGAUGUUUCGAGGCUCCAUCUCCUCCGUUUUAUUCCACUUUAUGUUACUGCUCGGUCUCCUCAUGGCUGCAGCCACACUGGGCCUCGACCUCUACCAGCCAGAAGGCACACACAUGUCCUCAUGUGGUCCAUUCGGAAAUGGACAAAGUGUGUUUAAUGUGACAGGAGUGUGUGUGGACAGCCUCCCAGGCCCGGCGCAGUCCACUCUCCGCUACCUGGCCUCGUCGGCCUUCGCCCUGCCGCUCAUACUUGCUGAGAUUCUAAUCUUAACCUCAUAUGUGUCACGGGGACGAGCCAAUCAGAAGGCCAUCGAGAGACUGAAAGAAAUGCUGGUUAUGGUUAGUCACAUGUUAUCAAACGACUAACAUAUUUCAUUUGUUAUAGACAAGAUGAGAAAACAUAUGAUUUGGUUGUUGCAAGGGAAUCAGUCAUUGGUUUAUGUCAGGGUUGUCAAACUCAAUUUCAUCGCGGGCCACAUUAGAAUUAUGGUUGCACU